AGUGGAACGCAGGACAGCCAGUGGUUACCUCAGUGACACGGAGAAGGGCAGAGCGACUGCGAGGGAAACUGCUACUUGGGAUCGGUAAUAUACAAAGAUUUUACUCAGUGGAUUAUCAUCGUUAUCAGGAUUUCAGCCAGAAUGAAACUGGUUCACAUAGCCCUCCUCUAUCUCGGGUCCGUGACCUUCCUUGGGGUGGAUGCUGCAAGGCUAGACGUCGCUUCAGAAUUCAAAAGAAAAUGGACCAAAUGGGCACUGAGCCGGGCCAAGCGCGACGCCAUACCCCCCAGCACGUUCAGCGGGCAAGUGGCAGCUGCGGACGUGCAGCCUCUCAUACGGUCACAGGACGUGAAGGAGGAUCCCCGAGUCUCGCAUCCCAGCGCCCCAGAGGAUGCCCGCAUCCGCGUGAAGCGCUACCGCCAGAGCAUGAACAGCUUCCCCCACUUCCAGGCCAUGAGGAUGGGCUGCAGGUUCGGGACCUGCACGAUUCAGCAGCUGGCCCACCAGAUCUACCAGCUGACGGACAAGGACAAGGACGGCGCCGCCCCCGUGAGCAAGAUCAGCCCCCUGGGAUACGGCCGCAGGCGGCGCUCGGUGCCAGCCCCUAGCCGGACGCAGUCCCCGUGGCUCGCCCUGCGCCCCAGCCGCCGGGACAGCAGGAGCGCCGCAGCCCCAGGCCAGCCGGGCCGGCUGCAGGCGCAGCUCCGCGCCCCCUCUCUCAGGAGGACUUAGAGCUGCAGCGGAGCAGCCAAGCACCGUGCUGGCGCCACCUCGGAUGGUGGAUUUCCCCGGCGCUUCAGCAUCAGGGAGCCCGUGGGGCAGGGCAGCCUCGGAGACGGAGCUGGGAAGCAGGGCGCGCACCCGGCAUGGCCUUGGACUGGACACCCAGACUUGGGGCUACAGCAGCUGCCGGGCCCCGGAGGCGCUCGGCACCAGCCGGGCCGGGCCCGCCAGCGGCGCGGCGCCCCUAGGAAGGGGCUGGAGCGCGCGAGGGGAGAGCGCACAGCUGGCUCCCUUCUCUCUGGUGCCACAUCACACGGGGCUGUUAAGCGAAGUCGUGUGAACCCUGGAUCUCGGACAUACGGGGACUUAUUCCGCCUGCCCUGCCUCUGGGCUGGGGGGAAGCACCCUCUGCAUUGUCUGCACCCGGCAGGGAAUCGGACACUCACUAGUCCCUGCGGGGGACUGCCUUAUACUUGAAUGUAAUAGAGAGAGGAAAAGUGCAAUUGUACGUGGUUUAAUUAUAAGUGCUGUGUGUGUAUAAUAAGAUAAAUAUCAAUAUUUAAGAUGUUACUGUUUCCCGUCCCUUUUGCAUCUUUGAAAAGAGUUAUUUUUAUACGUUAUCUAUUUUUGCAUAAGGGCAUUUAAAAAGCAUUGUAUUCCCUCUAUUUUUCAUAGCGUGAAUGUAAAAUCUUGGUGUUUAACUUUCUCUGAGUCUUUUAUCUUGCAUUCUGGACUGGUGACAGAUGCAGAGAAUGUAUCCGCUAUUCUCCAUGGGUAACGUGUGACAUAAAAUAAACACUAUUACAUAAAA